UCUGUGUGGGGAUCAAGCCUCACUACUCCGCAGCCUUCAUGUUUGACAGCACAGAGGGAAGAAGAAGAACAGAAGAAGAAGAAGAAGAAGAAGAAGAAGAAGAAGAAGAAGGAAACUGACUGACGCUUUUUCUGACUUUCUGACGCACCGGGGAACUUUUUGUCCAUGUCACCAGCAAGCCUGAGGCCAGGACACCCAUCAGCCUGUAGCAAAGCUCUUUGCCUUUUCCACGGAUUAAUUUAACCAGACCAACCAGGGAUUCGAUAGCCUGGUUAUGGAUUUUAACCUGCUGACGGACAGUGAAGCCCGCAGCCCGGCGCUGUCGCUCUCCGACUCCGGGACCCCGCAGCACGAGCCGGGAUGUAAAGGCCAGGACACCAGCGACACAGAGAAAUCCCACCAGAACCAGCUGGAUGAGUCCAGCGCUGACGACGGCUCUCUGAAGAAGAAGCAGCGGCGGCAGAGGACUCACUUCACCAGCCAGCAGCUGCAGGAGCUGGAGGCCACCUUCCAGAGAAACCGCUACCCCGACAUGAGCACCAGAGAGGAAAUCGCAGUGUGGACCAACCUCACGGAGGCACGGGUCAGGGUAUGGUUCAAGAACCGCCGUGCUAAGUGGAGAAAGCGCGAGAGGAACCAGCAGGCAGAGUUAUGCAAAAAUGGCUUUGGUGCCCAGUUCAAUGGACUCAUGCAGCCCUACGACGACAUGUACACUGGCUACUCCUACAACAACUGGGCUACCAAGAGCCUAGCGAGCAGCCCGCUCUCUGCCAAGAGCUUCCCAUUCUUUAACUCAAUGAAUGUAAGCCCCCUAUCCUCCCAGCCAAUGUUCUCCCCCCCCAGCUCCAUCCCCUCCAUGAACAUGGCCUCUGGCAUGGUGCCCUCAGCGGUGGCCGGGGUUCCCACUACGGGGCUCAACAACCUGGGCAACCUCAACAACCUCAACAACCCCACGGCGCUCAACUCGGUAGCGGUGAGUGCGGCCACGUGCCCCUAUGCCACCACAGCCAGUCCCUACAUGUACAGAGACACCUGCAACUCCAGCCUGGCCAGCCUGCGGCUCAAAGCCAAGCAGCACACCAACUUUGCUUAUCCGGCAGUGCAGAACCCCGUGUCCAACCUGAGCCCCUGCCAGUAUGCUGUGGACCGGCCGGUAUGAAGAAAAAGCUCCAACGGCGCCCCCUGACCCAACUGACCAGCUGUAAGUCCACUAUACCCCCCGCCCCCCCCCACUUCACAUCUCUUCAGUUCCAUCUGUAAACUGCCAGAUGUGCUGCAGACUGGCAGAUCGUGUUGUGAUGGUACACAAUAACAAUAAUCUUCGAAACUGACACAGCAAAUAGACGUGCCCGGAUGGACCACCGCGCUUCAAAAGGAAUUCUUUCCAGUUUGUGAGACUUUGUCGCUGAACUGACCAACCGCAUCAAAGGAUUUCUAAAGAUUAUGUCCAUUAUCACUUUGUUUCCUUCUUUUGAACUGCAUGAUUCGAGUAAAUGUAGAAACCAAGAGUAAAUAAAACACGGAUGCUUCAACUGGACUGGUGGUCAACAUCUUGGCCCAAAAAACAUCAAAUGCGAUCUUUGCAACUGUCGCAGGAAAAGAGACCUGUGGUUGCAAUGCGGGACAAAUGGAGGAUGUAUAUAAUGGACUUUGUUUGUUUUGUAUGUGACAAAAAAAUAUAUGAAAACGUACUUUAAAGAUGAGAAAAGCAUGUUCUUCAAAAGCAAAGGCCCUAGGUUUAUGUACUAUGAGCUCAUCCUUUAGGAACUCUAAACUUUGUUGUGAAUUCUUCUCCCCUUUGGAAGGCCAUAGGUCAAAGGUCAGCUUGGAUGGGCAAGAGGAGGGCAGUCCUGGAAAGUGAACACAGCCUCAAGCGGUUAAACACAAAAACAACAAUUUACUUACACAUACCAGAAUAUCAGAUUUUUCAAGUAAAACUCUAAAAAGCCAUUGAGUAUAUAGAUUUGUGUGGUGUUAUACGAAGGGAGUCCAUGACUGUAAAAAAAAAUGUAUGUAAGAGUGCAGUUGUCAUAACAAAAAAAAAACAAGCUUUUUUUUUUCCUGGUGUAGCCUGCUUUGUCUCAUUAAAGAACCAAUUAAAGGAUCCGUUUUUAUGAACUACAAAAUGGACUUUGCCAUU